ACGUCUUUGUUCAACAGAAGGUCUUUCACCACUAAGACAGAUGUCAAACAGCCUUGUGUGAAAGCUGUAAUACUCCAUGCGCAUCCUUUCACUGUUCAAUCUAGAGUUUCCCUGCUUUAGAAACCCAUUAGAGCUGGACGUAUCACAAUACCUGCAUCCAACCAAGUCCGACCCCGAUUCCACCCGUGUACGAUGUUGUCGUACUACAGCGACUUUCGCACACCAUCCGCUUCACCCUACCACGAUACUUACCAGAUCAUCCGCUCCCAGCCCUUCACCGAGCAAGACUGGGCCGAAGCGUCAGACUACGAUGCGCCAGCUGACGAGUGGGAUGAUGCUGAGUAUGACAGGCAGAUGCACGUGCAUUUGAUGAAGAUGUAUGCGAAGACUUGUCUCAUGGAUCUGAGGAAAGUUUGUAAGGGACGGAAGCUUAGGGUUAGAGGGAAUAAAGAUGAGUUGGCGGACCGGCUUGCGAGCAAUGAUGUGAGCAAGAUGUACGGGGGCGGUGGCUGAUGUGCGUGGCCUGAUCAUCCACAGCCUACAGGUACCAGGAAGCCUUG